AUGAAAUACCUACUGCUACUCGCAUUGUCCAUCUGCGCAUGCGCGACAACACACACAUCCAACUGGGCCGUCCUCGUUUCCACGUCUCGUUUCUGGUUCAAUUACCGUCAUCUGGCAAACACCCUUUCUCUUUACCGUACCGUAAAGCGCCUCGGCAUUCCCGAUUCGCAGAUCAUUCUUAUGCUUCCUGACGAUAUGGCAUGCAACCCUCGCAACUCAUUCCCUGGCUCCGUUUUCAACGACAAGUCCCGCGACUUGGAUCUCUACGAUGCCAUGGGCAGUGGUAUCGAGGUCGACUACAGGGGCUACGAAGUCACAGUCGAAAACUUCAUCAGACUGUUGACGGACAGAUGGCCAGAGAGUUGGCCCAGGAGUAAGAGAUUGAUGACAGACGACAGGAGUAACAUCUUGAUUUAUAUGACUGGACAUGGAGGAAACGAAUUUUUGAAGUUCCAGGAUGCCGAGGAAAUCAGUUCGCAUGAUUUGGCUGAUGCUUUUGAGCAGAUGUGGGAGAAGAAGAGAUACAACGAAUUGCUCUUCAUGAUCGACACUUGCCAGGCAAACACCAUGUACGGCCAGUUCUACACGCCGAACAUCAUCGCCACUGGCUCUUCAGCUCUUCACCAAUCCUCGUACUCCCAUCACGCCGAUCAAGAUGUCGGUGUUGCAGUCAUCGAUCGUUGGACCUACUACAACCUCGAGUUUCUGGAAGAGCAGAUUGGUUCUACAAGCAGCAACGUCACUCUGGGACAACUCUUCGACUCAUACGAUCCUGUCAAAGUUCACUCUGAUGCAGGUAUCCGCUACGAUCUAUUCACCGGCGGAGAACAAGAAGCAAGAAGCAGAAAAGUCGUCGACUUCUUCGGCAACGUACAAGGUGUCGAGGUUGAUGGUUCAAAGAGUGGAGAAGAUUCUCUGGCAGAAUGGAAGGCAGAUCUCCAGGCUCUGAAAGCAUUGAUGGACAAGUCGAGGGACAUGAUGCGGGAUCUUAACAACAUCACUACCGAUGUCGAUUAUGCUGAAGCAACCGUCUCUCCAUCGCAAGCCGAGGAACACGCUUUCGGAACUGCGAAACUCUUGGAUCAAGCCUCUACAUGGAGCAAACAAGCCAUUGGUGGCGCGGCUCUGCUCGCUCUUGGCGCCCUCUGGACUCUCAGCUCUGUUUUUGAGUGA